CUAUCGAUAUCAGGUCGUGCAAGGUUUCCUACAUCUGAAUUCUCAGUGCUACAGCGAGAAUAACAGUGUGAGGCCCGGCGUUGCUUACUGUGACGAACGUUAAAGGUUCGACACUCAUUGGUGCCAUCCGCUCCUUUUCAAGAUGAUUGCUAGAAGUAUGUCACCAUCAAGAUGCUGUGCCAUCGUGGACAGCCAUCCCAUUUCUUAGCAACGGAUUUAGUGUGACCAGGUCACUAGAAGAAGUUUAGGUUUGAUUUAUUAGAUAGCAAAACUUGGCCAGCUACCAAAACUUGGUGAUAUUUUAUCUGGUGAUUCAUCUCUCAAGACAGGAAUUAUUUAGUAGAGGAACAAUAAAGUUUACACACAGUCUGAUCUCAACAAAAUGCUUUUGUAACAUUUUAAAGGCUACUGUGAGGAAAAAAUACUCAUUUCAUAGAGAACAAAAAUUCUCUAUUCCCUUUUUUGUUUUCUAUUUUGGAACAAAAAAGGGAUAGAGAGGGAAGAAAAAAGAAAGUUAAAACUGCUUAACCUUAAAAUAAAAACAAUCCUUCCAUCAACUGAGGGACACGCUUAAUUCGUCGACUGGGCAAAAGUUUUGCUUUGGAUAAAAUUGAAUGAUUCUCUACUGCAGUGUUUGAGCUGGAAUAUUAUCCUUUGAAAGAAUAGAAACUAUUUUGAAAAAGAGCCCUAAUUAUUUUCAUAUCUUGUCGUCAUUAAGAGUAAUUCAUUGACAAGACUUGGUGUACCACAGAUCACAUACAGGCAGAUAGAGGUGCUCAUAUUUUGGCUUUUUUUCUUAAGAACAAAAAAAUCCAAAAGCCAGAGGUGGUAUUUAAAACAAAAAGCACUAAAAUAUUACGGGGUACUUAAGGUAGAUAAGGGAAUGAAGCUCAGGAGCCUAUAGAAAUUCCGUAGAGAAAGGAAUUCUGUGAUAAUUAUUUUUUUAUAUUAUUCAAGAAGAUAUUGAAUGGAAGUAUUAACAAUGGCAGACUGGAAUGAUGUAACAUGAAGAUAAUUUGGAGUAACAAGAAGUGUGUGUGAAGUAAAAUUGAAAAUUGGAAGAAAGAGCAUUAGAUACUUAAAGUUAUUUAAUUUAGUCACUUCUUGAAAUAUCUUGAAUAUAACAGAACUCAGUGGUAUUUUAUUUUACAACAUUUUCAUAAGCAGCAUCAUGAUUGAAGCAUACUCGUCAGACGUUUUGUGGAUUCUCAUCGUUGGAUUUAUUGUUGCAUUUAUCUUGGCAUUUGGAAUUGGAGCAAAUGAUGUGGCUAAUUCUUUUGGUACGUCAGUGGGUUCAAAAGUUUUGACAGUUAGACAAGCAUGUUACUUAGCUACAAUAUUCGAGACUGCAGGAGCUAUAUUAAUUGGUUACAAAGUGUCAGACACCAUGAGAAAAGGAAUAUUGGAUGUUAACCUUUAUGAGGGGCGGGAGAGAGAAUUCAUGCUUGGGUUCCUCUCAUCCCUUGCUGGCAGUGCAGUGUGGCUCCUUGUUGCAACAUUUCUGAAGCUGCCUAUAUCGGGAACUCAUAGUAUAGUUGGAGCCAGUGUUGGUUUCUCCCUAGUUGCACAGGGAUUUGCUGGAUUGCAAUGGAUGACACUAGUUACAAUUGUUGCCUCGUGGUUCAUCUCACCAGUGCUUUCUGGAAUGAUGUCAACUGUCUUGUAUUUGCUCAUCCGGAAAUUCAUCUUACGGGCACCACAACCAAUAAAACCAGGACUUAGAGCACUUCCUUUGUUUUAUGGUGUCACAGUUUUAAUAAAUGUGUUUUCAAUUGUGCACAAUGGACCGAAAUUGCUAUACUUCGAUUACAUUCCAUGGUGGGGAGCAUUGAUCCUCAGUGUGUCGAUUGGCAUCUUGGUCACCCUGGGUGUACAUUUCUUUCUUGUACCUCACCUGAGGAAUCAGAUUCUGAAGCAGAUGCGUAUAGACAAAGGUCGUGGCGUGAGUUUUACAUUUGGUGAUUCGACAGAAUCUUCACGUGAUCCAAGCCCCAAACCAUCACGGAGUAUCUCAGUUGAAGAUGUGAAAAGAAACCUUCCAAUCAUAACAGAAACUUCUGAACCUGAGAAAAUGCAACUGGUCCAAGAUGAAAAUGAAAUGGUUCAGUUCACUGGAAAUGCAGCCAACGGCACCCGGAAUGGGCAAACUACAUACUGUUUUCCAUUGCCUCAGCCAAAUGAUACAAAUACUAAACUGAAUGGUUAUCUACUUGCUGAAACAGCGAUUGGGGCUACAAAGGAUAAUAUGGAGAUUGCUACACUGACACCAGCAAAUGGGAGUACUAUUGCAGCCAUUGUUCCCACACAGCACCAGCAACUUCAUCCAGAAUCAGUUUUACCAGCUAGUGGCCAAGUUACACCAGCUUUUGGUCUUUCUCCCAACAGCAGUGCAGUUCCUUUAAUCAAAGAAAAGACACCAGAACAAAUGAAACUUGAUCCUGAGAGUGUAGCACCAGAAACACAAAUAAUUCAAUCAAAAGAUGAUCCACCUGAAGCAGCUAAACUCUUUGCAUUUCUUCAGAUACUCACAGCUUCAUUUGGUUCAUUUGCUCAUGGAGGGAAUGAUGUUAGUAAUGCUAUUGGGCCUUUAAUUGCCCUGUGGCUGAUCUUCAAGGAGGGAUCAGUGGCCCAAGAAUCUGAGACACCUCUUUUCAUCUUGUUUUAUGGUGGACUGGGUAUCUCAGUUGGUCUGUGGUUGUGGGGGCGCCGUGUCAUUCAGACAAUCGGUGAAGAUCUGACAAAAAUAACUGCCUCAACGGGAUUUUCAAUUGAGAUCGGUGCAGCCUUUACGGUACUCUUGGCAUCAAAGAUAGGUCUUCCCAUUAGUACAACACAUUGUAAAGUGGGUUCAGUUGUAUUUGUUGGCUGGUUUAGUUCAGACAAAAGUGGUGUGGACUGGAAACUUUUUAGGAAUAUCAUUUAUGCGUGGGUUUUCACAGUGCCAGUUGCAGCAGGCCUCAGUGCUGCAUUCAUGUGGAUACUACAGCAAGUUGCACUGUGAUGCUGAGAACAACAAACAGUACAAAUACCAUACUUAUGCCAGUACUUAAAAUUAAAUGUUUAGAAUUAACUGUUAGGAGAAAGAAGAGGAGAAAUGAUGUGAACCCUGGUGUACAGCUGUUGCCAAACUGCCAGCUGGAGUCAAUGUUAAUAAAGUAAUAUUUGUGCCCAUUGUAAUGUGAAACAGGUGAAACUGAUUACUGAGAGCUGUUAUGUCUCAAAUAAAUUAUUACUAUUUCAUUUGCUUUAAAUUAAAGUGCACAGAUAUAAUGAAGGAAAUUAUGUAAUUUUCCAGUCAUUUCAGUAAUUGUCUACUGAAAGUAUAUGUAUGGAAGAGAGAUUUAGUUUGAGAUCGUAUUCUGAAUGAUAGUGCUAUGUCUCUGUGUUGACUAACUGCCAAGAAACAAUGAUGGUGUGGAUUUGGGGGAGGAUUGAAGGUGGAAGGGAGACCUGCUUAUGAAAUGUUUGUCAUUUGUUGAAGUUUUCUUUAUCUUCUGUCAAUGAGAUGUUCAGUUUCAGCUAUAAGAGAAAUCCAUUGAGAUAGGCCAGGUGUUAAAUGGUGCUACAUGUUUUUACCAUACUGUACUGGUUUAAAGGAAGGCAGAAAAAGCUAAGCUGUGAUUAAAUAGUAUAACUGAUAA